AUGAAUUCGUUCUCGGAAUCUGGUGCUGGUGAACCGGAGCAAGAUGCUAAUUCAGCGCUUAUUGAGUUGGAUAAAGUAAGAUUCCCCCGCCUGUUCGAAAAGUACCCUUUCCCAAUCCUAAUAAACUCAGCGUUGCUAAAACUCGCGGACGUAUUCCGCUUAGGCAGUAACUUUCUGCGAGUAUGGGUGCUCCGAGUCUGCCAGCAAAGCGAGAAGCACUUAGACAAAAUCCUAAACGUGGACGAGUUCGUGCGUCGUAUAUACAGCGUGAUCCACUCAAACGACCCAGUAGCCCGAGCACUGACCCUCCGCACUUUGGGCAGCGCAGCAGGAAUAAUCCCCGAGCGUCAGCAAGUGCACCACAGUAUCCGGAAAUCCCUGGACUCUCACGACUCAGUAGAAGUAGAGGCAGCAAUCUACGCAGCGCGGAUGUUUGCAGCUCAAUCAAAGCUCUUCGCAGUCUCAAUGUGCAGCAAGAUCUCGGACAUGAUCCGGGGGCAAGCGACUCCGGCUUCAAUGAAGCUCCAACUAAUUCCAAUAUUACAGUACAUGCACCACGACACUUCCACAGCCUCGAUGGUCAACGAAUUAUGCAUGGAACUACUCGUGAGUUACCCCGCAGUAGAGUUUGUCCGCGUAACACUUAGCGCAAUGAGCACUCUAGCCUCAGCGACGUUGAUAGACGUUCCCAACCAAGUAGCUCUUCUCCUAAAAUACCUCCGAGACGACCCGCGAUUGUCAGUGAAGCGCCACGCACUGAGACUUCUCCUAGACUUAGCCAAGCGCGGAGCUCACCUCUGGCCUCGCGGAGCGCUGGACAAUUUAGUAGACAGCACAACGCGCCUUCCUCAAGACAAUAGCGAAAGUACUGAUUUACUUUUAAGGACUCUGGACGUAAUUGAAGUGCUAAGUAGAAACGCCGUUACCUGUGACGGCAAUAAAGACGAAAAUAGUCCAUUGUCAUCAAUGUGCAUUGACGCGUGUUACUCCCACGACCCUCUAAUCGCCGUAAAAGCUGUAAUGAUUCUCUCAAGAAUCGCCUGCUACUGCUACGAAGAAAAUCUUCCAGUCAGCAACAUUCAGCACACAAUAUCCUGCCUAGAAUCUUUGAUAGUCCUUCUAGGCACCGAGGACAAGUACGUCCACCAUUUGAAAAUGUGCCUAGCUUCGACUGUAAAACUCUGCCAUGCUCACUUUAACCACGCUCCGAUAUUCGUCGACGUAAUAGGAUCCACGCUGAUGAAUUCCAGCUCGGAGUACUCCAACAGCGGCAAGCUGAGCGCAGUUUUGUGCGAAGCUCUCGGAGCUAUUGGUAGUCUGGGCAACAAUGUCCUGCUGCCGCUUUUGCCAGACAUCCUGGAGAAAUUAAAGCACAUGACUGACGCUCACACCAAAGUAAUGCUCUGUACGUUGCUUUUUCAGGUAGUCGCUGGAGGGUAUGAGUGGAAUGAAGAGUGUCUCAAAGCUAUAAGGACCGCUACGAAGACAGUCGACGGCUGGGCUAAGUAUCGCAUUGCUCGGGGAGCUGCUAGGUAUGGGCAUCAUGGUAUCGCCUCUGAAAUUUUUAAGAAUUUGAAGGAAGCUGUCGCUUCAGAGCAGCUGCAUUUUUGGCUUUCGGGUUUGGAAUUACUGACUAGUGCUGAGAGCUACUUGACCAGCAAUCAGGAUGAAAGUAAUGCUGAAAGCAAAGCUAGGAUUACUGAUAAAUUAAACGGAGCGAUAUCUAGGUACGCUAGUGCUUGUGCGAGUCUUAAGGCAGCUAGCACUCCGUUGAAAAGUCUACAGUUUGCUUGUGAGUAUGCUAAAUUAAGGUGUGAAUUUUUGCAGGCGCUCGCGCAAUUAGUUCACUCUUGCAGGAGCUUGUGUACUUCUCCACCGCCUGCUAUUGCAAUGUCGAUUGUUGUGCUGACUAAAGAUGACUUUCAGAGGUAUGGAAGAGUCACUUAUCAGCUGAGAAAAUCUGCGCAGGACUUCCGUAAUUGCGCUGAUAAUUAUCAGAAGUUAUAUCAGUCGGCUUUUGAUGCCGAUCAUGGAUCUUUAAAUAAUAUUCGGGCGUUGAAAGAAAUUUGCUUGUUGAUGGCGACUAGUGUUGAUAGAGUUUGCUCGCCGUUUAAUUCUGCGACUAAUCAGAGGAGUGAAUCUGAAUUUAGCUUUGGAGACUCGGUGGAGAUGAGGCAGUUGGCCAGGUGCUGCGUUGAGGUCCGGAGACUAGGUCCGACUUGGCAAGUCCAGGAAAAAGAGGAAGCUAUCAGUCAUUCAAGGAUAGAAUCGUUGAUAUCACAAGUGAUGCUAUUAGCUGGAGGGAAAAUACGCCUGCCUAUGCCGCGAUACUUCUUCCAAGCUCUUCAAGCUACUGUUGUUAAAUUGUCCGUCUCUCCGCAGCCCAGAGUCCUUGGAGAGCCUGUCUGUGUUCCUCAGGGCUCGCAAUUGGCUUUGAAGAUUGAAGGUGUUUUAAGACACGGCAAGCGCUCUUCAUUAUUCAGGUCAGUCGCCGCGGUUUGUAUUUCUAUUUCGACGACUCCGCCGUCGAAAAUUAGCGCCGAUUCCAAAAACGGAGCCGCUCAUGAGACAAAUGGCAAUGAGCUUCAGCAGACUGUUACUCCGCAUCGAGAUUUCUUCGCUUGUGAAUUUUUAUUGUCUCUUGGAAGUUCUGGGGCUGGAGCUGGGAACAAUUGCGCCGGACCUGUUCCGGGUACUUCGACGGCGGGAACUAGUUCCAGUGGGACUCAGUUCCAGGUCACUGCUAGUGCUAGUAUUUUGGACAAGGAUGGAAAUGUGUGGAAGUGCGGGCCUAGGUCUACUUUACAAGUGAGAGUUCAUGAAGAUCAGACUAAGCGGAAACUCCCGUAG